CCGUACGCCGAGCAUUGCCCACGCCUAAUAAAGAGGUUUCUCGUGCGCGCGAAAAAACUCGCUCUAAUGGAGGAUUUUUGCAAGAGUUCUUUGUUCUAUUCAGAUCAGCAUCUCUGCUACGCAGAAAUCCUUCCACCAUCUGAGGUUCGAGCAAGAAUCGAAGUAGCAGUCCUGAAUUUUCUCAGGACAUUGAUUUCUCCAAAUCCAUCGAUCAGCAGCCUUCCUCUGAUCAACAGAAGGUCAAAUAAUAGACGAGUGAGUCAUGGCUUGUUGACCGACGUGUCAUCAAUUUUCCUUUCGCAUUCUUUCUGUGCAAGAUCUCUGAUGAAAGCCAAUGCUACCAAGGCCUUCGUUAGAGUAUGGAAAGUUAUGGAAAUCUGCAUUGAGCUUCUGGUUCAUGAGAAGAAGGUCACUCAGAGGGAGCUCUUUUACAAGUUGCUUUGUAGUUCUCCAGAUUACUUCACUUCUCAGCUGCAAGUUAACAAAACCAUCCAAGGUCAAUGCCCCACUGGACAUGAUGUUGUUGCCUUUCUCCGGUGCAGUCGUUACAGCCUUGGGAUCAUGGCAUCUAGCAGAGGGGCUCUCAUAGGCCGCUUGUUUCUUCAGGAGCCAAAUCAAGAGAUUGUUGACUGUUCUACUUGUGGAUCUUCUGGACAUGCUAUUACCGGUGACUUGAAUUCAUUAGAGAAUCUGGUCAUCAAGUCAGAUGCUAGGUACAUCAUUGUGGUGGAAAAGCAUGCUAUAUUCCAGAGGUUGGCUGAGGACCGGAUUUUUAAUCAGAUCCCAAGUAUAAUUAUAACAGCCAAGGGAUAUCCAGACAUUGCCACGAGGGUACUUCUACAUCGAUUGACCCGGGCUCUUCCAGAUCUUCCAAUCUUUGCACUUGUUGACUGGAACCCAUCAGGACUGGCUAUACUUUGUACCUUCAAGUUUGGAAGUAUAACAAUGGGUUUGGAGGCCUACAAAUAUGCUUGCAAUGUUAGGUGGUUGGGUAUGCGAGGGUGUGAUUUACACCUUAUACCUGAACAAUCAUUCAUUCCGCUGAAGCCAUGGGACCUGCAAAUUGCUCAAAGUUUGAUGUCCUCUGAGAUGUUGCAGGAAAACUAUAGGGAAGAGUUGACAUUAAUGGUUCAGAGUGGCCAAAGGGCAGAAAUUGAAUCACUCCAUUUCCAUGGUUAUGAUUUUUUGGGGAAGUAUAUUGCAACAAAAAUUGUACAAUCUGAUUACAUCUAAGGGUAACCUCCCUACCUAUAUAUUUCUUCUUUCCCUGUUAUCCUUGGUUCCAUCUCCUGAUUAUGUUCUCUUCCCUUGAAGGGAUAAGGGAUAGGUUUUGUUUAUAGGCAGCGGAUGUAAAAUCUAGCUGAAUGCCGCAUCUUGGGCAGCCAAUCAAUCUAGUCUCUUGCAACUUAAAACUUCAAACUAGUUGCCCAUCAUUGUAGAGAUGUUUUCUGAAGCCUUGUGCAUCAUUUCAAUAGAAAGAAUAACAAUGAAAAGUAAAUUCAGUAA